AUGGCACCAAGCUCCGCCCCGGACAUAGAUAUGGUUAUCGAGGAAACAAGAAGGACUCCAUUCACGAACCGAAUCGCCAGCGUAAGACUACACCAUGUGGGAAAACUGAAAUUCCCCGAGUACGCUGGGAACACAGACCCAAAAGCUCACGUACAAGCCUUCCGGCUAGCGAUAUCAAGAGCACAUCUUAACGACGACGCAAAAGAGGCUGGUUAUUGCCGCUUCUUUACCAAAAAUCUCACCGGGGCUGCUCUUGAGUGGUUUGCUGGGCUAGAAGAAAACUCAAUCGACAACUUCACCCAAUUGGUGUUUACAUUCCUCAAACAAUACUUAGUUUUCAUAGAAACAAGGGUUACCGAGGCAGAUCUCUGGAAUCUCAAACAUGCGCCCUUUGAACCGCUAAGAGCAUACAUAAACAAGUUCAGAGAAUUCAAAGCCAAGAUUUCGCAUCCAAACGAAUUCGUGGCUUUGGCAGUGCUAAAAAAUGGUGUCUGGUUCUCAUCCAAAUUCAAAGAAGAAAUGGCAGUACGAGCACUCAUCUCGUUGGACGACGCCCUACACCGAGCCUCCUACUUCGCAACCCACGAAGAAGAAGUCGCAGCCUUAAAGGAACAGUACAACGCGAACAAAAAUAACGCCGCCAAGAAGACUAAUGCUCCUAAAGAGCCAGCAACUAAAGGGAAACACUCCUAUGCGAUAACCAAUUCACUGCAAAACAAAUCGUCGACACACGAUCUCAACAAAUUUUGCGCCUUCCAUAACCAGAAGGGCCAUUCAACCGAGGAAUGUCGAGCAGCACUCCACAGCCAAAACGAAAAUAAAGAAACCAGCGAAGAUACUGGAGAAGACGAAGAAGCGCUAGCAACUCCGAAAACCAACCGGAAAAUUAAAGGAUCUUCGAAUAAAAGAAAUAGGGAAACCGAUUCGGAAUCACACAGUUCUCCGCCCCAAGCACCAAAGAAAAGAGUCGACAUGAUUUCCUGGGGACUAAAAUGUCAUAUCCCUAACAAAAUAGAAGGUCAGGCCGAAGGAAAAUUAUGCAUCAAUAUCACGGUAGCAAUCUGCACAUUAGAGAACCUCAACGGAGCCUCUCCUCCUUCUAACGUCUCUCAUUAUAAUCCAAAUACGAAGUCUCCCUUCAGAAAAAUCUCCAACUUUAAGCGAAAGCCUACGUUGGCCAAAAUCAGGGAACUACUAGAGAAACCGAUUGCCCCUCAAACUCGGAAAAAGACAGCACGCGAACGUUUAAUCGUAACCUGUCUGGGGGACAGAGACACCACCAACUAG